AAAAAAAAGAUUUCAAAAAUCUCGAAGUACUUACAAAUUUCACAGAUCCAUAACUCAGUGCUUAAGCAAUCAAGAAGAGCAAUGGCGUCGGAGAGACAGCAAAAGGCGGAGAGAGCCGAAGCUGCGGCAAGGCUAGCAGCUGAAGACUUGCAUGACAUUAACAAAGACGGUGGUGGUGUGUAUAAAGUAACGGAGAGAACAAUUGAACAUCCACCGGAGCAAGAGAGGCCAGGUGUGAUAGGAUCCAUGUUCAGAGCUGUGCAAGGAACAUACGAACACGCAAGAGACGCCGUCGUCGGAAAAAGCCAAGACGCGGCUGAGUCGACGAGAGAAGGAGCUCAGGUAGCAUCAGAGAAAGCGGCUGGAGCAAAAGACGCAACCGUCGAGAAGGCAAAGGAAACGGCAGAUUACACGGCGGAGAAGAUCGGCGAGUAUGAAGAUUACACGAUUGAUAAAGCUAAAGAGGCUAAAGACAAGACUGCGGAGAAGGCGGUAGAAGCGAAGGAUAAGACGGCAGAGAAGAUGGGCGAAUACAAAGACUACGCGGUGGAUAAAACGGUGGAAGCAAAGGAUAAGACGGCGGAGAAGGCGAAAGAGACGGCGAAUUACACGGCGGAUAAGGCUAAAGAGGCUAAGGAUAAGACGGCUGAGAAGAUGGGUGAGUACAAGGAUUACACGGCGAAUAAGGCCGUGGAAGCUAAAGAUUACACGGCGAAUAAGGCAGUGGAAGCUAAGGAUUACACGGCGGAGAAGGCGGCUGAAGCAAAGGAUAAGACGGUGGAGAAGACCGGAGAGUAUAAGGACUAUACGGUGGAGAAGGCGACUGAAGGGAAAGACGUUGGGGUGAGUAAGCUUGGAGAGUUGAAGGAUAGUGCUCUUGAUACGGCCAAGAGAGCUAUGGGUUUCUUGUCAGGGAAGGCAGAUGAAACCAAACAAAAAGCUGUGGAGACCAAAGACUCAGCCAAGGAAAAAAUGGAGGAAGCUGGAGAAGAGACGAGGAGAAAGAUGGAGGAGAUGAGAUUAGAGGGUAAAGAACUCAAAGACGAAGCUGGAGAAAAAGCACGCGAGGCAUCUCAAAAGACUAAGGAGAGUACUGAUUCAGCAGCUGAAAAAGCCCAAGAAACAAAAGAUUCUGCUGCUGUUAGGGGAAAUGAAGCGAAGGGGACAAUAUUUGGUGCAUUAGGGAAUGUAACGGAGGCCAUAAAGAGCAAACUCACAAUGCCAUCGGACAUUGUGGAGGAGACACGCGCGGCGCGUGAGCAUGGAAGCACGGGGAGGACUGUGGUUGAAGUCAAAGUAGAAGAUACAAAGCCUGGUAAAGUGGCUACGUCCUUGAAAGCGUCGGAUCAGAUGUCCGGUCAAACAUUCAACGACGUUGGACGGAUGGAUGAUGAGGCUCGGAAAGACAAGGGAAAGCUUUGAGAGAUCGGCGCGUAUUGGGCCUGAGGCAGGCCUUUAAAAACAAGAAUAUGUGUUUUCUCGGCCUUCCGUUUGGCAUGGAACCUGUUGUAGCAAAUAACGUUUUCUGAUAAUUUCCCUGUCUUGUAUUCUUACUCGACUUUUUUAAAGAUUUGGUUUUUAAUUUUUCUCACUUGGUAAUGGGUUAAUCUUGUGACUUUUAGAGCAAAGAUUUACAACGGACUCGA